AUGACCCACCUCCCAACGUUAAAGACAAAAACCAGAAGAAAAAGAAAGGAGAGAAGACGGUUUUGUGAGUCAAACGGAGUUGGUUUCCUAGACAACGGAGAGAUGGAAAGUCCAAGUGAACCACAACACAAAGAACACAAAGAAUUCACCAGCAAGCUUCUUUUUCCUGAUCUCAGUGAAAACAGCUGGAACUUCAGUCUGGAUCCUCAGCUUUUUAAAGUGGAUAUCUGCGACCUUCUCCUAAAUGCAGUUGAUGAACAGCUUGACAAACUCCAGAUUCAGCAUCCAAAGAAAGAUGCAGUUUCCAGUAAACAGUAUUGGAACAGUGAAGUUAAUCUGAGGAGGAGUAAGUCUUUGAGCAAAAACAUGGACCUGGGGUAUCCAGCAUCAAGUGAAACUCCCAUGUCUUGUUUUAACUUGAUGCAUUCUUCAGUGAUGGAGGAAAAGCCUGGUAAAUAUGGCUUCUGGGAGGGUCCUGAUUCCCACGUGGAGACCCAAAAUACUCUGAGUAGAAAAAGGAAUGACAAAGAGGAGAAUGAGUGUCAUAGGGAAAAAACCAUCUGGAGGCUGGAGAGGCUGCUUGGAGACGUCUGUGGGCAAGGAGACACAGGCCCUCCUUCAGCGAGUAUCUGCACUGAGGACUUUGUCAGUCGAUUCAAGGAAGAAAUGGUGGAUCUGACUCUGCCUGACGGGGGUCAGCAACGAGGAAGCAACAAAAAGGUUAAGAGAAAUCAAAUCUGUGAUGCUGAGGAACUUGUAAAUUCACUGAAUGAAGCAGGAACAGCGCUCUACUACCGCCCAAGCCAACUUGGUCUGAGAAAGUCAUGUGCUUAUGAGGCCUGUGUAGCAGACAUAACGCAAGUCAGCGAUGAAAAAGACAGCAGAAGUGCACACAACCCUGGAGAUGGUGACACUGGACGCUGCUCUGUCAUCAAGUCCGUCCCAAACCUGGAUGAUCAAAGUAACAAUCAGUGGAACACUGAAACGUCCACGCCGACGAGAAGUGAACCUAACUCUGCUUUAGAGAGAACUUGUUUCCAUCAUCGUAUCCAAAACAGAAGUUCUGCAGUUCUCUCUGGAAGGAGAGAAUCUUGGGGACAUGUGAGCUCAUUUCCUGAUCAAAUGAGCGAUGGAGACAUCUGCAGAGGGACCCCCUGCUCACAUGCCGAGCAAAUGACAGCAGAGACUCCAUGCAUGCACAAGGAGAAGAGAACUCUGGAGAGUUUUUUGGAGGAACAGUCUGUUAGAUGCGAAAUACAGGAGUUGCAAAAGCAGAGUGACUCAACUGGCCUGCAUUGCUGUAAACAGACGUGGAAAAAUGGAUCCUGUAUUAUCAAGGUCAAAAAAGAUGAACUGAAGAGGGAGCCACAGCCCCUGACCAGGCAGCAGAACAAAGAGCUCACAGAUCAGGGAGGGCUGUCGAUGAGUCAGAGGACGGCGAUGCAUCUUGACCAGGACGCCCCAUUGGCACUAAAAGAGAGCGAUAGGCUCCAAGCAUUGCUAGAGGAACUGGAGAACCGUAAGCGAUGCAAAGAGGAGCUGGGGCGACAGCUGGGAGCAGAAUGCCAGCGUCUGAACCUCUUUUUAGAGCAAAGUGGAGUCAAACAGCAAGGAGGUCUACCUCAGAGCCUUACAGUAACUGAAGCUCUGACACACCUGAGAACGCUUGGAGAGCAGCUGAGGCUUUUUGUUGGUCGUCUUCAGAAGGAGCUGGAGUCACAAAAACAAGUUUGUGAGGCGCUGAAAAAAGAGAAGGAGACAGAACUGAGCAUCCAAAGGCAGCAGCUGUGGACCAUGAAAGACCAAGCCUUGACCUCUCUGAGGGAGCGUCUCAUUAAGGAGCACAUGGAGGAGCUGUGCAGUCUGAAAUGCACCUGCAUGGACAAAGAGUGGGAAGGAGAGGCGGCAUCUCUCCACAGACAACUGCAGGCCAAAGACAUGGAGCUCAGACACAUCCAGAGGAACAUGGAUCAGUGGAAAGAACAAACUGCUACUCGGCUGGCGUCCACGUUUGAAGAGGCCUUGAUAGAUGAACUGGAAAGGUGCAAAAACCGCCUGAAAAGGAACAGAAAAGCAUCAAAUACUCAGGUUGUGGGUUCUGAUGAGGACAUACUGGGUCUAAAGACGGCUGUUUGUACUUCCAGCCUUCACGCACCGGACUCCUCCUCCUCCUCCUCCUCCUCCAUCUUCUUCCCUUCAGACUUGGCUCCAUUUCCUCCAGAGAAGAGUGAAGCAGCUCCGUGUGGAAAACCUCACGCGGCGCUCACCCUCUCCAGAAACCAGAUCUUGUGAACUGUGAGGACCCCGUGUGCAUUUACCCAACCUCAUCACGCAGUGCCAGUGCCAUGGCGGGAACCAUGUUCUGUCAGCACUCCCUCGAGUGAAAAACCUUCAUCCAGUCAUCUCAGGUCCUCCAGAUUUGAGGAAGUUGGCGUUUUUCUGCUCUGGACAUGACUCAUUCAUCGUUAAACAUGCAGGUCACGGUGACAGAAGACAUGAUAGGGUCAUUGAGGUCAUUUUUAUCUGUGCUGACACUAAACAUUUUAUAGCCUUUAGGUAACUGAACGAGUGAUGAAACAACAGUUCUGUGAGGACUAGCAUCAUGUGACUUAUGGCUUCAUAAAACAAAAGUGCAUAAUCUGAUUCAUUUUACUGAGGUCUGUUGUUGGUCGAAUUCAACAUUAAGAUAAAGAAAAUGUCUCUAUGGAAGGACAA